CUUAUAUAACCUAAAAUCUAAAAAUGUUAUCAACUUUAAAACCAGCACAACUAUUAAGAAAUCUUGUAAAUCAGUGCAGAUUAUGUUCUACAAAAGCACCAGAUUCAAAUCUGCCAGCAAAUUCCAAGCCGAAAGAGGUAAAAACGAAAAAAUACGAUCAAAAAGACAUAAGCGCAAGUGAUAUGCAGUGGAGACGUGAAUGGCAUGAAAAUCACGGUACGAACUACAACAUGCUGAGGACUUUUUAUACCGAGGAUAAUAAGCGUUCGUGGCUGCAAAUUAUGCAGACAAAAAUCGAUUUGUCGCCGGCUAAAAUCAAAAAUUGGUGGGCCGAGAAGAAGGAGGUUGAGCAAAAGUAUUUGCAGUCCUAUUUGCCGGAAAGAAAUCAACGAUUGGGGAACGAAUUAGCGGCCGCUCAUUUCCUGGUAUUUAGAGGAGGGGCUGUUAAGUUUCACGGCCAAGAUAAGUGGAUUAAAGGGGAUUCGGAAAUUCUGCCAAACAAGUACGAUUCCACACUAAUUUUGCAAGGAAUUGACUGCUCCGAUAUGCCGAUACAUUAUGAGGGUUUGGUAAAUUUGAGGGCUUUAAAGAAUGUGGAGUGGUUGAGUUUGAGGUACUGCGACAAUGUGGAUGACUGGUUCUUGGACACAAUCAGCAAUAUUUUCUCUGAUAGUUUGUUGUACUUGGAUUUGCGGGAUUGCAAAAAUAUCACCGAAAGGGGUUUGGGGGCUUUGUACAAGAUGAGGAAUUUAAAGAUUCUCUAUAUUGACGAUUUAUUGAAGGCUACCAGUUAUGAAAUGACUUGCUUGUUGUUACAGGAAGUUAAUCCAAUGUUGGACAUAAAAAGUGACAAGGUUACUUUUGAUCUUAAAUAAGUAUUUGUUGAAGUAUUGGUUAUUAAAUAAUUUAAGGUAAGAGGACUCUUAUUUCUUAUCAUGU